UGAUCAACCAUUGCAGAUACACAUUCCAGGGAAUUUACUUCCACUCACGAUCCCGCACAUCGCAUAUAAUUCAUACUUCAGACAUCGAGACAGGCUCUUUUUGGGACAGGAAGUCUUGUUCCUCACGUUUUGCCUCCAAUUGAAGGGAUGAUGCGCAAGUGAACACGGCCUCUGUUUACACCCAGACAAACAUCACAGCGCCAUGAGUGCACCUGCACAAAACGGGCCACGCUGGCGAGCCCAUCCCUUCACGAGAGCCUCUGCUUCACCGUCACCUACUCAAUCUACAAUGCAGCCCUCGGGCCAUGCUCGAUCCAAGUCCACAUUUGCUUCGCCCGCCUCGCCUCCCAUUACGAGUGGCGGAGGGGGAGGCAUGGUCCACCAACGCACACAAUCCUUCUCUCCGGGCCCAAACAGUUUAGUUCCUGCCCGCAGCGACUCUUUGAGACGGUCGGCGAGGGGAAGCACCCCUCAGACGGGCACUUUUGCGCCCACGUUUAUCAAGACAGAGGAAGGGCACGAUGCGCUGCCGGCAGUGGAGAGAAUCGAAGGAGAAAACGAUUUCUCGGGGAAGAGAUAUGUGUGGCUUAGAGAUGCUACACAUGCCUUUGUGAAGGGUUGGGUGGUCCAAGAGCUCGAAGCGGGCCGUUUGCUUGUCCAGUGUGACGAUGGGAGUCAAAGAGAGGUCCAAGAAGAGGAAGUGGAUAAGGUGAACCCGGCAAAAUUCGACAAAGCGGACGACAUGGCCGAGCUUACUCACCUCAAUGAGCCUUCUGUCGUACAUAAUCUGCGCAUGCGAUAUCAAGCCGACCUCAUCUACACAUACUCAGGCCUUUUCCUUGUCACGAUAAACCCGUAUUGUCCACUUCCCAUCUAUUCCCGCGACUACAUCAACAUGUACCGCGGCCGUAGUCGGGAGGAUACUAAACCGCAUAUCUUUGCUAUGGCAGAUGAGGCGUUUCGAAACCUUGUUGAAGAAGGCGAUAAUCAGAGCAUUUUGGUCACAGGCGAGUCCGGUGCAGGUAAGACGGAGAAUACGAAGAAAGUCAUCCAGUACCUGGCUGCGGUUGCCACUUCUGAUACUCCUCGGGCGGCAAAGUCGGGGGCAAAGUCGACGUCGAAUCUAUCGGAACAGAUCUUGAGAGCAAAUCCUAUCCUCGAAGCGUUUGGAAAUGCACAGACUGUUAGGAAUAACAACUCUUCGCGGUUUGGCAAGUUCAUUCGAAUCGAGUUCACACGCUCAGGACAGAUCUCUGGUGCAUAUAUUGACUGGUAUCUGUUGGAGAAGUCACGUGUUGUGAAGCUCAAUUCGAUGGAAAGAAAUUAUCACGUCUUUUACCAGCUCUUGAGGGGUGCAGACAAGCACAUUAAGGAUAAUCUACUCCUUUCCGGUCGCGACAUCGAAGAUUUCGAGUAUACACGUCAAGGCAAUGACACGAUUGCAGGUGUAUCAGACCAGGAUGAGUGGAACACACUUGUCGAGGCAUUCCAUAUCAUGGGCUUCGAGGAGAGGGAGCAGAUGGAUAUCCUGCGCACUAUUGCCGCAAUUUUAUAUUUAGGCAACAUAACUGUUCGCAAGGAAAGCUUACGGGGUGACCAGGCAGCAAUGGAUCCCGAUGCCGAAAGUCAAGCAGCUAUCGCAUGUCGCUUGCUCGGCAUUCCGACGGAGGCUUUUAUCAUGGGCUUGCUACAUCCUCGUGUGAAAGCUGGCCGUGAGUGGGUUGAGAAGACGCAAACACCUGAACAAGUCAAGCUUGCCAUUGACGCCCUGGCGAAAGGUAUAUACGAACGUGGCUUUGGCGACUUGGUCACCCGCAUUAACAGGCAAUUGGAUCGCUCGGCUGCUGGAGUCGAUGACUCUCACUUUAUCGGUGUGCUGGAUAUAGCCGGAUUCGAAAUUUUUGAGCACAAUAGCUUCGAGCAGCUGUGCAUCAACUAUACAAACGAGAAGCUGCAGCAGUUCUUCAAUCAUCACAUGUUCGUCCUGGAGCAAGAAGAGUAUGCAAGAGAACAAAUUGAGUGGAAAUUCAUCGAUUUUGGCAAAGACUUGCAGCCAACUAUUGAUUUGAUCGAGCUAUCAAACCCCAUUGGCCUGUUCUCGUGUCUAGAUGAGGACUCAGUGAUGCCGAAGGCAACAGACGCAAGCUUCACAGAAAAAAUGCAUAGCCUCUGGGAGAAAAAAUCGAACAAGUAUAAGCGAUCUUUGCUACAAAAAGGCUUCAUUAUUACGCACUACGCCGCUGAAGUUGAGUACUCGACGGACGGUUGGCUGGAGAAGAAUAAAGACCCUCUUCCGGACAAUAUUACACGCCUGCUAGCUGCUUCGACCGAAAAACACAUUGCGGAGCUCUUCUCUGACUGUGCAGAUCCAGAUGAUGACACCGGUGGGGGAGGAAGGAGUCGUGUUAAGAAAGGACUCUUCCGCACCGUCGCACAACGCCACAAAGAGCAACUAUCCACUCUGAUGAGCCAAUUGCACUCUACACAUCCUCAUUUUGUGCGCUGCAUUCUUCCUAACCAUAAGAAGAAACCGAAGCAAUUCAGUCCGCCGCUUGUGCUUGAUCAAUUGCGUUGUAACGGCGUUCUCGAAGGCAUUCGAAUUGCUAGAACCGGUUUCCCCAACAGGCUACCAUUCGCGGAAUUCAGAGCCCGCUAUGAAGUAUUGUGCUCGACAGACAUGCCGAAGCAGUAUCUUGAGGGUCAAGUUGCAGCGCAGCUGAUACUUGAGAAGUUGGGUAUGGACAAAGCGUUUUACCGAGUUGGUCUCACAAAAGUCUUCUUCCGCGCUGGCGUGCUUGCUGAGCUUGAGGAUCGCCGUGACAGAUUGAUCAGCGAGAUCAUGUGCCAGUUCCAGAGCAUUGCGAGAGGUUUCGUGCAGAGGAGAAUGGCGCACAAGAAACUGUACAGGGCAGAAGCGACAAGAGUCAUCCAGCGCAACUUUCAAGUCUACUUAGAUUUACAAGCCAACCCGUGGUGGAGACUCUUCGUACGCAUGAAACCACUACUGGGAGCAACGCGUCAAGCCGCGGAGAUGAAGAAACGUGACGAGAUGAUCCUUAAACUGGAAGAGAAGGUUAAAGCUGAGCUCACAGAUAAGCAACGUCUGGACGAGGAACGUCGGCGCGCUGAGAUCGAGAUUCAGAAAAUUCAACAUACUCUCGAAAGCGAGAGAGCGCUAGCUCUGGACAAAGAGGAGAUCUUCAAACGAUUGCAGCUCAGAGAGGCAGAACUGGCAGAGAAACUGCAGGGCGCUAUCGAGGAUCAGGAAAGGCUGGAAGAUCAACUGGACGCUCUCGCUGACGCGAAGAAGAAGGUUGAUAGUGAGGCGGAGGGGUACAGACGCCAGUUGGAACAAGCCGGUGAGAUAAUCGAGCGCCUGGAGAAGGAGAAGGAGGAUCUCUCAAGGCAGUUAAACAAUCUAGAAAACCAAUUGCGUGAACUUGAAACAGCAAAAUCACAGAGAACAGAGUUAGAGGAGAGCCUCUCACAGGAAGUUCGAAUGCUCUCAAGCCAGCUGUCGCUCAAAGAGCGCAAAUUGCAAGAUUUAGAGGCAAAGCUCCUGAAGUCGGACCAGGAACUUGAUGUCAAACUCGCAGCAUCCAACAAAGAAGUCGCCGCAAGCAAGAAACAAAUACGCGACUUGCUGGAUGAGAAUAGGCAGAUCCGGCAGCAGAUAACGGAGCUAUCUAGCACCUCGACUAGUUUUGAAGAGCUGAUUCGAAGGAAGGAUAGUGAACUUGCACUGCUGAAAUCUGACCUGAAGAAAUACGAAUCUGAACGCAAAAUCUUCGAAAACGAGAAGAAGACUCUUUCAUCCAAGCAUGAGAGCAUUCAGGAGCGUCUACGCGAUGCGCAGGCCGAGAUGGAAGGACUACGUGUUCAGAAGUCGCAAAUUGAACGUGAGGCCGCAGACACGAAGCGCAUGCUCGAGGAACGUAUAACCAACGACCAGAGCCGCAAGCUGCUCGAGCGACAGAUCGAGGAACUCCGCGAGGAGCUUGUGCAAGUCCAGAAAGACCUCGCUCGGGAGAGACAAUCACGCGAUGAUGUCGAGAUGCUGAGCGAACACAAGUAUAAGAACCUCAAGGAAGAGUACGAUUCCCUAAACGAAGCCAAAAUCAUCAUCGAGAAAGAGUUAUACGCGCAACAAGAUGUUCUGAGGCGUGCUACUGAAGCUAGGACGGCAGCUGAAAAGGAGCGUAAGGAGUACCAGACUGAGCUGAGAAACCUGCGCGAAAAAUACAUCCAACUUCAAGAGGAGAAACUAAACGCUCAAGAGACAGCUGAUCGAGCCGCGCAGAAGAUUGCAAGUGAAAGGCAGGCCGCUAUGCGAAAGGAACUUGACGCAAAGAACCGACAGCUAGAUGAGCUUCACGCAGAGAAAGCAAGACUGGUGGAUGAGGUGCAAGGCCUCACGCGCAUGAUUGCGGAGUCAGAUAAUUUCCGGCUGUCGAAUGACCAGCAUAAGGAGCGUCUUGAGCGCGAGCUGGUUACGGUCAAAGGACGACUCGCUGCCUCUGAAAACGACAAUCGCGCUCUGCUCAACAAGCUGCAGCAAAAGAGCCUGGACAUCGCACGCUCAAACUCACGAGCUAGUGAACAAUCGCGGGCACGCGUUUCCCAACUUAGCAAUGAGAAAGCCAAGGUCGAGGAGGAGAACAAGAGGCUGCAACGGCAAGUUGAGGAUCUACAACUACAGGUCUCGUCGCUGGAGAAACAGAAGGAGAAAUUAUCUCUCAACUUGGAAGAUCUCACGCAUGAAAUCAACCGUGAGCACAAGACUAGCCGAAAUGCAGAGAAGCUCUCAUCGACGGUGAACCUACAACUUGCUGAGGCAAACAGAAAACUGGAGACGGAGCGACAGCUAAGGAUGCAGGCCCAGUCCAACACGCGCACUGUGCAAGCCAGUCUUGAUGAGGCGAACAAGGAACUGGACAUUUGCAGGGGACAGCUGGUUCUGCUACGAAAGGUUUUCGACCCGGAGACCACAGCUCAUGGAGGCGUUGACGACUUCGAAACCGUGAAAAGCGAUAUCGAGGCAAAGGUGGACCUGGCUAAACGACUAGAGAGUGCAGAGUCCGCAGCCAGAACAGCGAACGAGAGAUUGCUUCAGAUGGAGGCUCUGCUGAGUGAGAUGAGAGCUAGACAUGGAGAUGAAAUGGCUGAGAUGGACGCUCGUUAUCUGGACUCGAAGCGGGCAUUCCUAGACGAACUGAACCAGUCACAAGUCAAUGCCAGAAAUAUCAGCCCUGUUCAAUAUCGUUCUCGCGAACUGGAGAACAGAAAGCCGUUCUCACCGAACAGCAAGCCAAGCACUCCCGUUAAGCAGAGACAACUUAGCAAUGCUACCCACGAUUCCGUGCGAUCUGACCGAACAACAGAUACCGUGGCUAUUAGCAACCAGAUGGACCUCGCUAGUGAGGUGGAAAUGCUUCAAAAUCAACUUCAAAUGUCCGAGAUGCGCAACCGCCAUCUCCAAGCUCAACUUGACCGUUCACCACAAAGGCAGUACUCGCAGGAUGACUCACCUUCAUUGCGCCGCAUGCAGAAGUUGGAACGGGAAAACUUCAGGCUACAUGAUAUGCUAGACGAUUCAGCUAAGAAGGUGUCCCACCUUGAAAGCAGCAUCCGCUCAGGCCAGCUGUCACUGAAAGAAGUUCAGACCAAAUCUCAUGAAGAGCUUUAUGAUCUUAUCAAUUCUCAGGAGCAAAGCCGUAGGUCAAUCGUGAAAGCGCACGAUGCAGCCGUCAACGAACUAGUCAGCGCAAAGACUGCGUUCGAUGAGCUAAAGAACGUGCGUGCUGCUCUUGAGGUUGAGCUUCGUGAUACAAAGUCCGAGCUGCAAGAUCUGAAGUAUGAGCGCGAGCAAGAGAAGGCAAAUCACGCCCAGCUCUUGCAGGAAUUCUCCGAUCUGCAGAUCAGACUUGAUACAGAAACAAGCAAUUUGCUUGAUGUUACGUCAAGCUUGAACCUGUAUAAGGCUCGGGCCGAUGAAUAUUUCAGCAAGCUCGAGCAGGCUGAGAUUGCUGUCUUGAAGGCCACCCGUGCUGAACAGUUUGCCAAGUCACAAGCUAAAGAGACAGAAGAGACAUGUGCCCGUAUCAUGUCUGAGCGCAAAUCAAUGGACAUGCAAGUUGAAGAUCUUCAGCGGACUGUCCAACAGCUCGAGGAGCGCGUCGAAGAUCUUUCCGCGGAUCUUGAGGGAGCUGUGCAAGCAAAGAAGAGGCUUCAGAACGAGCUUGAGGACUACCGAUCACAACGAGCCCACGAUAUUGAAGACAAGGAGACGAUUUUCGAGCAGGCGCGCAAGAAGUACUCGAACGAGCUCACAGCUCUGAGCAACGAGCUGGAAAUCGAACGCGAAAAUGUCGUAUAUCACCGUGAGGAGAAUGGACGAUUGCGAGAUGAGAUCGAGGAGCUACGAGCGAAGUGGGAUGAUGAAGUGCUUAAUUCUUCAACUUGGGCAAAGGAAAAGGGCAGACUUGAGGUCAUGCUCCAGGAAUUGUCCACGUCUCGAGACGAGGCCGUUGCCGCUCACAACGACGCACAAAGUAAGAUCGUAAACCUUUUAGGCCAGGUCCGCAAUCUCAGAACGAAUGUGGAUGACAUCUCUGCUGAGCGGGACAAUCUCCUUAAGGAAAAGAAAACUCUGGAAUCACGUCUGAAAGAGCAACAAGAGCGUCUUGAGGAUCUCAUGAAGGGAGAAUCGCCUUCCAUGCGCAAUGCUGCGGCUGCCGACCGUGAUCUGCUGGAGCUCAAAGCUAGCUUAGCACAGCAAGAGGAUAUCGUGGCUGCCGCGGUGGGCAAGAUGCGCAGAGCGGAGGCUCUGGCCCAGGAAACUCAAAGGGAUAUUCAGACUGAGCGCGAGAAGAACGUGCAAUUGCACAAGGAGAAGGCGGCGCUGGAAAAGAGUGUUAAGGACCUACAGAUCAAACUUGUAGAUCUAGAGACGAAGGGCUACUCAAGCGCGAGUGGCGAUGUACGCUUCUUGAAUGAACGAAUCAAGGAGCUUGAACAAGCGCUAGAGGCGGCAGAGUCAGCUCGCACAUCAGAAGCUCGCAGCAUUCGCACCGUCGACCGCACGGUCAAGGACUUGCAGAGUCAGAUCGAGCGUCGCGAAAAGCAGAACGCCAUGCUCAGCGAGGACCUGAACAAAGCUAGAGAAAAGAUCUCGAACCUGCUCAAGACAAUCGACGAGCUGCAAACCAGCGACUCAGCCAACCAACUUUCGGCCAAGCGAGCCGAGCGAGAAUUGAGAGAGGCAAAGGAGAAUGCCUUGAGGCUGGAACGGGAACUAGAAGGGUGGAAAGCACUGAGAUUAGAACGUGGCAGCCGAGCUGGCAGCAUUGCACAUGGUGAACGCCUUCUCGUACCACCGAGGGGCGAAGGAAGUGUCAGGAGUGGUGGCAGCCAGCGAGAAAACUCGGAGGGCAUGCUAAGGAAGGUUAGCAACGCAUCGAGAUUUUUGUGAAGUCCUGUACAAGUUGCGUGAUUUGGGCAGUGGUGUAUAGAUGGCGUUUCCGGUGCAUGUGCCUUUUCCGCAUGGUGACGAUACAUUGGGCGCGUGGAACAUAUGAAUGAGCAUCGAUCGUAAUGAUAACUUUUUUGGAUUCUUCA